AUGUUUGAUCCCAGACAACAACAGCAACGACAACAUUCUCCCGGACACACCGCCGCAGCCAUGAUCAAAGUCGCCGUGGUCGGCACCAACGGGUUGGCGCAGUACAUUGCCCACAGCAUCGCGGCGCAGACCUCCCAUCAGUUUAUCAUUCUAUCUCGAAGGUCCCGGUCUGACGGCAAGAGGUUGGCAAGUACUUCAGGUAAGUUGGUCAGCUCGUCUUUCAUCACGUACCACGUCGUCGACUACUCCAACCCUACCGACCUCAAGUUCAAACUAGCUGGGGUCGACACGGUCAUCUCGACCGUCAGUGGCAAUGCCCAACUGGCGCUGAUUGACGCGGCGGCCGCAGCCCAUGUACGUCGCUUUGUGCCCUCCGAGUUUGGUGGACCCCCCUCUCUGCGCCCCCAGAAUGAUCUACUCGACAACGGGCGCCGUGCCGCCAUUCUUCGGCUCCACCAGCAUGAACCUUCCGGCAUGCGCUUCACCGUCUUUACGUGCGGCGUCCUCUACGAGAGAUUCGCCCCUGGGGGGAUGGCGGCCUCACAAAUCGGGCUGCGAAGUAACAUCGGCCAGGAAGGGGACUAUCUGAUGGACUUUCGCCGAAGACGGGCACAGGUCCCCUACCUCAACAGCGCCGGACAGCCGGCAACAAUCUGCAUGACGUCGGCUGCUGAUGUUGCCCGGUUUGUGGUCGCCGCCUUGGACUUGGCUUCGUGGCCCAGAGAGUUCCGCCUGCGCGGUGAGCGACUGAGUGUACGAGAUGUCGUUGCCAUUGCCGAGGAGAUCCAAGGCCGGCCGUUUGAGGUCUCGGGCCAUACGAGGAGUUCGUUGCAAGAUGCAUUGACCUACGCCCGAGCCGUCGGAGACCACGCACGAGAGACUCGCGUGCAUCACUUGAUCACCACUGCCGAAGGUCGCUACGACUUCGUCAACACCAAUCUCAACCAGCUGGUGGCGGUGCAACCGGAGAGCUUUCGCGACUGGUUGUUGCGCGUAUGGUCGUCGGCCACCUGA